CGUGAUAUCAUCGCACUAUUAAUAACGUUAUAUCUCAGCCCUCAAUAACAAUUUCAACAGAGUUCAAUAUUCAUUCAUAUUGAAGGAUAAUCAUAACAAUUAUGACAAUAUUAUCCAAAUAUUCUUCGAAAGGACUAAUUUAUCAGUUAACAAUGAAAAGUUUAUUGAUUCUCUUCAUUUCUUGUACAGUCUCAAUUUAUGGGUCGAUUCAGCACCCUGCUUCAAGUCAAAAAAUGAAAGAUUAUUUAUUAGCAAAAGAAAUAUAUUCUGUAGCUGAUUCAGCAUAUGAUAAAUGUUUAGCAAUUUGUUUACACUGUUAUCAAGAUCCACAGUCAUUUUAUCAUUGUGCAAAUGUUCAAUGUCCAUCGUUACAGAAUGCAAACUUUCCGCCACAUUUCGAUGAAGACUGUGUAUUCCUUUCAUCUUCAAACAUGCAAUUGAAAGAAUCUCUAGUAAACUAAACAAACAUUAAUGGAAUUACUACAAACAGAAAGUACAAAAAAACGCAUUUCUCAAUAGUAAAUAUUGUUUGUAUGAAAUACUUGCCUACAAUAUUUAAUAAACUUAUUGUUUUGUUGGCAAUAAAACUG